AUGGAGGCCGAGGACGACCAGCCUGCCGCCGGGUACCGGCACGGGCCGCCGUGGGUGUUCAAGGGCAGCGCAUUGUACCAGCUGCAUUUGGUGAAGGCGGCCACGGCGCGGGCGUUCGUGCCCAAGGAGCUGCGCCUGGUGGAGGCCUUCGGCUACACGCUCGGCGGCAUGUUCCUGGCGCGCUACCACGACAGCCCCGCCGGCCAGUUCGACGAGCUGGUGGUGAUCGCCGGCAUUGUGUGGAAUCCGCCGACUUCCUGCGCGUGGGCUGCCCGGGUGCUAGUAAACAGCGCUGAAGCCUGCCGGCAUGGACGCAAGGAAGUAGGGCUUCCAAGCCAUGUCGCGGCAUUCUCACAGACCGAAGAUUCUACGCUCAGAAAUAAACCAAACAACUUCCUCAACAUUCUCGGAAUGGGUUCAGGCUUCUCCAAGCAAGAGAAUUACCGGCGCAUUGAGAUCAAGGAGGCCUCGGGCUCAUCAUCAAGGCAUUUGUGCAACAUCAGUCUGCCUCUCAACGAAGGGUCAAGAGGAUCACAUAAACGCAGCAAGUGGAUGGGUCCGGCAAUCAAAAUGUCCCUCCCAAGCUUCAGCGGCCAGACAGAGGACCAUCCUGAGCUUCUCAAGUACUCCUGCAAAGUAGAGUGCAGGGUGCGGCCGGUGAGUCCAGCUAAGAUCUGGAGCCCUAAAACCGCUGAACCACAGGAGUGUUCUGACGGCAUGAACAGCAGCACCGGAUCAUCGGAUUCAGACGCGCAAAAACAAAGCCUCCUGGUCUUGCUAUCCAGGCCCAUCUUGGCUCUGGAGUUCAGCUCCCUGCGGAUGCACGUCGAUGCGCCGAAAAUUGUCGCUCCGCACCCCAAGAAGAAGGAAGUCAGAUACUCCAGUACCUGA